AUGAGUGACGAACAGAGGAUGUUGUCUGCGAAGGGCAGGGAGCUGCGGACCACUGAGAAAGGAAUCCUGGAUGACUACCUGGAAAUUCAGAUGAUGGUGAAGAAGCUGCCCAAGUACCUGGUGGACAGAUGGAAGAGGGAGGUGGACAAGUGGCUCUACGAUGAAAAGGGCGUUGCUAAAAGGAGACAUCCACCGUUCUCAGAAUCACAGGUGCGCGAGGUGAGCCCACUGGAGGUGCUGAAGGUGCUCGAAUCCGACUUCCAGGAGACUGGCCGAGAGGAUAAGACAGCUUUAUCGAUCCAGGAUCAACAGUUUGUGAAGAAGAUGAGUGAGGGACUCGAGCACCGCGAGGAUGGCCAUUUUCAGAUGCCGCUGCCACUGAAGAAUGACAAAGUGUCCAUGCCAAACAACAAGACAGUCGCCAUGCAAAGACUCAAAGGACUGAAGGCGAAGCUGGUGAGAAACGAGGCCUACAGACACGACUACACCGGCUUCAUGGCGGCGACGUUAGAGAAGGGCUACGCAGAGAAAGUCCCCAGUGAAGAACUGGAGCUGGAUGAUGGCAGGACGCCGAGACAGCGGUCAAACUGA